AUGGAAACAAAUAACUAUACCCAAACUUCAGAAUUUCUUCUUCUGGGAAUUUCAGAGGUUCCAGAACUGCAGACCAUCAUAUUUGGACUGUUCCUCUCCAUGUACCUGACUGCUGUGCUUGGGAACUUUCUCAUCAUCCUGGCCACGGUCACAGACUCCCACCUGCAUACACCCAUGUACUUCUUCCUCUCUAACCUGUCCUUUGUGGACAUCUGCUUCACUUCCACCACCAUCCCAAAGAUGCUGGUGAACAUACAGACACACAGCAGAGCCAUAACUUAUGAAGGCUGUAUCACACAGAUUUAUUUUUUCACAUUUUUCGUAGUUUUGGACAACAUUCUUCUGGCUAUAAUGGCCUAUGACCGCUUUGUUGCCAUCUGUCACCCCCUGAACUACAUGGUCAUCAUGAAUCACAAGCUCUGUGCAUUGCUGUCAUUGGUGUCCUGGAUCACAUGUGCCUUGAAUUCUUUAUUACAAAGCUUAGUGACAUUGCAGCUGUCCUUCUGUACACAGGUGGAAAUCCCUCACUUUUUCUGUGAACCUGACCAGUUGAUUCACCUUGCCUGUUCUGACACAUUUCUGAAUGACGUGGUGAUAUAUACAAUAGCUCUGGUGCUGGGUGUUUGUCCUGUCAGUGGCAUCAUUUACUCUUACUCAAAGAUAGUUUCCUCCAUCUGUGUGAUCUCAUCAGCUCAAGGGAAGUACAAAGCAUUUUCUACCUGUGUGUCUCACCUCUCAGUUGUCUCCUUAUUUUAUUGUACUAGUCUAGGAGUGUAUCUAAGUUCUGCCAUGGCCCAAAACCCACACUCAACUGCAAGAGCCUCGGUGAUGUACAGUGUGGUCACCCCCAUGCUGAACCCCUUCAUCUACAGUCUCAGGAAUAAGGAAAUCAAGAGGGCUCUGAAAAGAAUUUUUGAUAUAGUAAUAAUAAAAUUACCUCAUGUUUCAAGAUGGAAGAAAUGUCCAUGA